AUGAACAAUCACCACGUGACACUUUCAUCAAUCAUUAAAAUCCUAUUUAUGUCGCGAAUCGAACAUAACCGUAUUCAGAUGUGGCUGAACGAUGACUCGAGUCCGGAGAAAACUAUACGUGGCAAUCGAACUAGUCCGUAUGCUCUAUUUAUAAGACUCAACGGUGACGUUUAUGUCGAAGAUGGUCAGAAACUUCGCUUUGCCAAACGGACAGCAAAUUCAACUAGCAGUGUAGCUGGCAUAAAUGUUACUGACUAUCCUCAUGGAAUCUUUAUUGACAUCGAUUUAUCACAGGAAUUGAACGAGAUGAAUGAACAUAAUCGAGAAACGAUGAUUGCAAUUAAAUAG